CAUAAACUAUGGCACUUCUUGGAAAUGGAAAAAUGCAUAUGAAGGCAGAAUUCCCUCGUCGCGCGAAAUUUGGCGAAAUUAGAAAACGAAGAAAUCAAAAUCGAAACCAUGGCCUGGCAACCCUUUGAGAAGACGGAGAACUGCUAUGAUGUCGUGAUUGUUGGCGCCGGAAUUUCCGGCAUCAAUUUUGCCUAUCGUUUACAAGAGAGAUUGCCGCAUCUUUCGUACAUAAUACUGGAAGGACGGCACGAGAUUGGUGGUACAUGGAGCUUGUUCAAAUAUCCAGGCCUUCGAUCUGAUUCUGACCUCUACACAUUUGGUUUCUCAUGGCGACCCUGGACCGAACGAACGUCGAUCGCGCGUGGUGAGUUGAUCAAGGACUACGUUGAGGAGUCCGCGCGCAAGUACAAUAUCGACAAGAAAAUCAAGUUUAACCACCGAGUGAGCAAUGCGAACUACUCAUCAUCAGAAAAUUCAUGGACACUCAACGUUCAAGCCAAAGGCGAGUCGUUCAACGUCAAGGCGCGGUUCCUUUCACUAUGCACUGGCUACUACGACUACGAGAUGCCAUUGCAGACCACGAUUCCAGGCAUCGAUAGCUUCUGUGGCAAGGUUGUGCAUCCUCAAUUCUGGCCCGAAGAUCUCGACUAUACCGACAAAGACAUCGUCGUUAUUGGAUCUGGUGCCACUGCAGUCACAAUUCUCCCCGUCUUAGCGGAAAAGGCAUCGCAAGUGACGAUGGUGCAACGCUCGCCCGGCUAUGUCAUUUCCGCACUUACAGAGGAUGCGACCGAAAAAUUUGUGCGUCGAUGGUUCUCAUGGUGGCCUGCCUUCCAGCACUGGGUCAUUCGUACCAAGUACAUCUUGAUGUCACUCUUCUUCAUGAACAUCUUGGCGCGAUACCCAGAGAAAGCGAAGGAGGGCAUUCUGAAAAGAAUCGCAGCAUCACUACCUGAAACCGUCCCCAUCGACCCUCACUUCACGCCGCGUUACUUUCCUGGACAGCAACGAAUGUGCCUUAGUCCCAACGGUGACUUCUACGAUGCUUUCAAAUCAGGAAAAGCUACCGUGGAGACGGGAGAAAUUGAGACUGUUACGAAGGAUGCAAUCAAGCUUGCCUCUGGAAAGACUCUUCACCCUGACAUUAUCAUUACAGCGACAGGCCUGAAGCUCAUCUUUGCUAGUGGAAUUAAAUUCCAAGUUGAUAACGCCAUUGUUGAUGUCUCGAAACAAUUCGUCUGGCGCGGUGUCAUGAUAGAAGGCUUACCGAAUGCCGCAACAGCCAUGGGCUAUUCGAAUGCUUCCUGGACUCUCGGAGCCGAUGCUUCUGCACAGCUUGUAUGUCGCAUCAUCAAGCAGAUGCGUCGUGAUGGUGUCGUACGAGUCACGCCAAAGAUGACUGAGACCGAGAGGUCGACGAUGAAACCGGGACCCUCUCGCAUGACAAGUACAUAUCUUAAGCUAGGGGGUGGAGCCAUGCCGAAGCCAGGCAACAGCGGUCCGUGGUUGCCUCGCUCGCAUUAUAUCAAAGACAUUUGGACCGCAUGGUAUGGAAACAUAUAUACUAAUCUUGAGUGGGAAAAAGCUUGAGUUAUCUAUGUCUAGUUUUGAAAUAUUGUUUACGCAGAGACGAGAAUAGUACUAGUAAACAAACAAGGUCCUAUUUACUUCUUUACAG